AUGAUUUCGGUUGUGCCGUCGGUUGUGGCUCAAUUGUCCAAGUUUUGUGCUAAUAGGCCUAUCCACAUCAUCGUGGCCACCACUCUUCUGGCCUCAGUCACUUACCUCACCAUAAUCGACAAAUAUGUCUCUCUUUCGGAAGAGUACCGGGAGCAUGUUGCCUUCUACCAUCCUGCCGGCUCUUCUGAAUUGGAGAGCUGGGUACAGGUGGAAAACACUGUUGAUUUUGGGUCUGCAAGCCAAUUCGCAGCCAUUCCAUUGAAGUUUAGAAUGACGCAAUCCUACGAAUUGCCCGAUGUUGCUGGAACAGUAGGUCAGGAGGGCUCGCCAGAACGUUUUCUGAUAGUCAAAGAAGAAGAUGAUGUUUCUGCUACUCUUCAAGCGAUCCGUGUUCUGGAUGGACCUGACGGAAUAGCCUGGAAGAUCCAGCCCUCGCAAAGACUGGGGCGCUACUCUGAAUAUUUCAGAAAGGUCUUCUCUAAGGUUACCAAUGUCAUCAGAGGUGCUGAACCUUUUGAUAUCGCCUUGAUUACGGUCGCGUAUGUGGCCAUGUGGUACACGUUCAUUCAGCUCUUCCUAGAGAUGAGAAAACAGGGUUCCACAUUUUGGCUGGCAUUUGGGUCAUUGAUGUCUUCGGGCUUCGGUUUCUUGUUUGCCCUAGCAUUCACCACGGAACUCCUUGAGAUUACGGUUCCCCUUAUCUCUCUCAGCGAGGGUUUGCCGUUUUUGGUUGCUACCAUUGGUUUCAAACACAAGGUUGACUUUACUGCUCCGGUUCUAGCCUCUGUUAGAAGCCGCAACAAUAAAGAUAUUCCUUCUGCGAUUGCGGAUGUGCUCCACAGGACAGCUGCUUGGCCUCUGAUCAGAGAUCACACCAUUAUGAUAUUUGCCUUUCUUGCCUGUGCUGUUGUGUUGCCCAAUUUGACUGGUCUCAGGAACUUCUGUAUUUUAUCCUCGAACAUCUUGGCUUUCGAUCUGUUGUCCACGUUCACCUUCUACGCUGCUAUCCUUUCUUUGAAGGCCCAGAUAAACAGAGUCCACGAGUCAAUUGCUUUAAGAGAUGUCUUGGAAGAGGAUGGCAUCAGCGAAUCGGUCGCUGAAAGUGUUGCCUCUUCGUCUGUUCCUCAAACUCCUCUCUUCAGUCGCAACGGUGGUGUUUUGUCGUUCAAAGUGGCCAUGAUCGUGGGCUUUUUGGGCUUCCAUCUGUUUGCUUUGGGUACUUCCUGGUUGUACGAUUCCACGACUGUUGGGCCGAUCUCUCUCCUCGGAGAUGAUUUCCUGAUUUCAAAGGUUCUGGCAGAAAAUAUUCCAAUCGGACCUAAUGGAACCAUCGUUUUUCUGUUCUCUCCAAAAUACUACGUUCCUGUUAACUGGUUGGUCACUCUAGAGGAUUUGAUCUCGAUUUUCUUCUCCAAGCUGUCUCAGACCAUCGUCGAUCCCUUGGUGAGCAAGUUUUUGUUUGUCAUUGCUGGAAUCAGUGUUUCGCUAAACAUCUAUUUGCUGAAUGCUGCCAAGUCUACUCUUGAGGUUCAACAGACUCCUCGUUCUGUUCGUCGUCAUUCUGAAGCUAAAAGUGAAAGAUCUGCCCGUCCACGCAAAGUCUCUGUUGCUGAGCCACAAAAGAUUGAGCCUGUCCAUGUUGGUGAUCAUGUCAAAGAGGCCCAGAUGGUUGAGGAAAGCGAAUCAUAUUCGUCUUCGUCCAGCUCUUCGUCCUCAUCUAUGCUUGAUCUGGCUAAAGCUGCCAAGCUUAGACCUGUUGAGGAUUUGGUAGAAAUAUUGAAGGCAGGAAAUGUUAAGGAGUGCUACGAUGAUGAGAUCACCAAGCUUGUCACGGAAGGAAAACUUCCCCUUUAUGCUUUGGAGAAGCAAUUGGGCGAUAAGACUCGUGCCGUUCUUGUCAGAAGAAAGGCCAUCGCCAAACUGGCCGAUGCUCCAAUUCUUGAAUCCGGCAGUUUGCCUUAUAAGCACUUUGACUACGAUCGUGUCUUUGGAGCUUGUUGUGAAAACGUUAUUGGUUACAUGCCAUUACCGGUUGGUGUUGCUGGUCCAUUAAUCAUUGAUGGAAAGGCUUAUCACAUUCCAAUGGCUACCACAGAAGGAUGUCUUGUUGCCUCUACCAUGAGAGGUUGCAAGGCUAUCAAUGCUGGCGGAGGAGUGGAGACUGUUCUGACUCAGGACGGUAUGACAAGAGGUCCAUGUGUUUCGUUCCCUACUUUGGCACGCUCGGGUGCCUGUAAGAUCUGGCUGGACUCGGAAGAGGGUCAGGCAAUUGUCAAGAAGGCUUUCAACUCUACGUCGCGCUUCGCGAGAUUGCAGCAUGUCAAGACUGCUCUUGCGGGCAACCUGCUAUUUAUCAGAUUCAAAACCACAACUGGUGAUGCCAUGGGAAUGAACAUGAUUUCUAAGGGUGUUGAGCACUCUUUGAGAUAUAUGAUCGAAGAGGGUGGAUGGGACGACAUGGAGAUUAUCUCUCUUUCAGGUAACUACUGUACCGACAAAAAGGCUGCUGCUAUCAACUGGAUAGAGGGCCGUGGUAAGAGUGUGGUUGCCGAGGCUCGCAUUCCUGCCGAAGUGGUCAGAAAGGUGCUCAAGUCAGAGGUUGAUGCUCUUAUAGAACUGAACAUGGACAAGAAUCUGAUUGGUUCGGCUAUGGCUGGAGCUAUCGGUGGAUUCAAUGCCCAUGCUGCCAAUCUGGUAACUGCGGUUUACCUAGCCACUGGCCAAGAUCCUGCUCAGAACGUUGAGAGUUCCAACUGUAUCACUUUGAUGAGCAAAUUCCCUAAUGGAGACUUGAGAAUUUCGGUCUCCAUGCCUUCCAUUGAGGUGGGUACCAUUGGUGGUGGGACUGUUCUGGAACCUCAGGGAGCCAUGCUAGAACUCCUGGGUGUCAAGGGCCCUCAUAUGACAGAGCCAGGUGCUAACGCCAGACAACUGGCCAAGAUCGUGGCCUCGGCCGUGCUUGCGGCGGAAUUGUCUCUGUGCUCUGCCCUUGCUGCUGGUCACUUGGUCCAGAGUCAUAUGGCACUCAACAGAAGCUCUAAUAAGGCGGUAGCCGAGGCUGAUGUGAAGCGUCUGGAGGAUGGUUCUAAGAUCUGUAUCAAGUCUUAA